GGUGUCCCGUCUCCUCCCCCGCCGGCGGCAGGGAGGGCCGCGCCGGGCCGGGCGCCAUCUUCCGAGGCGGGCUGAUGGCGUCCGGGAUCCGGGGCUGGCGGUGGGCGGCGCAGGCCCUGCGGGCGGCCGGCAGCGGCGGCGGAUGGUGGCGGCCGGCAGCGGCCGGUCCGAGCCGCAGCCUCUGCGCCGGCGAGGUGCCGAGCCUUUCCUACCAGGAGCUCAAAGACUUAAAGAAGACCAAGGUCCUCCACGUAGAUGUGCGGGAGAGGUGGGAGAUCGACAAGUUUGGAAAAAUCCCAGCAUCCGUCAACAUACCCCUGGGUGAAUUAGUGGAAGCUCUGCAAAUGGACCCAACGGAGUUCGAGGAGAAGUACAGUCAAAAGAUGCCGGCCAAGUCGGACCCUGUGGUUUUCUCCUGCUUGGCAGGGAAGAGAAGUAGACAAGCACUCAGUUUCGCCAUGUCCUUGGGUUUCAGCAGCGUUCAGCAAUAUGCUGGUGGCUUUGAAGAUUGGGUAAAACAUGAACCUCCAGAGAAAAAAUGAAGAUGACUACCCCAACCCUUGCCCCAUCAAGGCUUCGGGAUGGUUGGUAGGUUUUAGCGUGCAAACUGUGUGCGUUCCAAUUCCAGAAUACACUCCUGCUUGCUUGUGUAAAUGGACAUUCACGUUUAAAUAGCCAUGCAUACCAACUGCUUGGUUUAAUUUAUAUCUGAAGAUUAUGACAUGAAUAGAGCAUAUUAAAUUUGUUCAACCUUUACUUGGGGCUAUGUUUUUUGGUGAAAGUAUGUGAAGAGAACCUAAGUGCUUAUUACAUUUACUAAGAUUUUUGUGUGAUUUAGUUUAUGACUGCUUAAAAUAAUGAUGAUAGGACAAAUAAAAUUAUCCUUUCCUAAAUAACUGUGUUGGCUAGUUUGUUUAGAAUAGUUACACUGCAGAUAUUCUAAUGGAAUUGGGGUAACUGCCCUAAGCACAGAUUUAUUUUAUUUCAUGUGUAGCUGGAGUUUUAAAAUACUUGCUGUGUCAUCAAAGAGUACACGUAGAGUACAAAUUUUUUUUUUAAAAUACUUGCUGUUCAAAACGUUGUGUUAUUCCUUAUUUUUAAAAGUAUAUGCAUUUUUAUGUGCAGAUCUGCUUCUGAGCACAAAAUACUACAGCAUUCAGUCAAGAGCUUUUCCCUCAGCAGCUCAGUAUCAAGUGAGAACUUGCCUGUAUUUGAAGUUAUUAUUACAGAGAUGUAAUCAUUUUAGGCUGGAAAACUUGAGGUGUCCAAGGAAGUUACUAAACUCCCUUCCUUCUUUUAUGUACGUUAAUUUGCGUGUCUUAAACUUCAAAAAACAAAGCGACCCAUCCCAUCCCCACCUAAAAAUUUGCGUAGUCAUUAUUUUAAGGAUUUUUUUUGUUUGUUUUUUAAUGCUGUUAGCAGUUCAGAGGAACCAGCAAAGGUGAACUGCUUUGGCCUCUAGAAAAUUUAAGUUAUAGCCCAGAAGUUCAGCACUCUGCAGUAUGUCUGGAAAAAAGAAUUAAAAUUUCUGGUUCUGCUGUAAUCAGCAAUACGGGCAAUGUGUGCUUACCCUACAGCUCUUCUGUUCUGACAGUGCAGUCUGCAUGGUGAGAAGAGGACCUAAAAAAUAUACCCUCUCAAGUUCAGAUAACAGAGAAGGAAAAAUUAACUAAUCUUACUGGAAUUUUAUUUCCUAACAAGUCCUGCAGUCUCUCUGCAGUCAUUUGUUUCUAGAGGAGAACUCCUGUAGUUGGCACAGCCAGCUGUGUUAGCCAUGCUGCCCUGACUCUGUAUCUUACAGGGGUUUCUGUUCUCCUGUCUUUACUAGUAAUUAGAGACCCAGUAGUGUAGUUGUCAUAGUAGUGAGUAACGAGUGUGCUUUUCUUGAAAGUAUUAUUGACUUUUUAGCGCUCUUAUUGCUAUACUUUAUUUCCAAUCCAUAAAAAAACCCAAGCAACUUAAGAACCAGAAUUUAGGUUAAUUUUCAAGAUGCUGGUUUAGUUUAACUGAUGAAUUAACAGGAUAAAGACGAAAUUAAAAUGGCAGGAUCAGUAUGCUUUUUACCUUGGUGGGGGUCAAUUAUUCUGUUAAUUCUCACUAUCUUACUCUUAAAAGGUCUUUUUCAGACGGGUUUGGGAGGAGUAGCAGAUGCCAGCAGUUUUGUUGGAUUUAGCCAACUCCUAUGAUCUAUUAAUUUUGCCUGUUUAACAUGACCUAGCCUGUCGGCUUCGCAAUGCUGUGGGCACAUAGUCAAAGAGGCAACUGAAGUCCACCGUUGGCUGUGUUGUGCCAGGUCUCACCAGGACUAAGGAUGCCUUUUGAUCUAGAUCAUUAAGGUCAGACUGUCUAGAAAAUUUGAAAAUAUUUAGCUAAAUGUGUAAUUAAUCUUGUCUACUUGUAUUGAGCAAGCCACCAAACCUCAACAUACAGGUGAACAAGGCAAGGAGAUCUAGUCAACUAAAGUUAGUCACAAUUUAAUCACAAGUGGCCAGUGCUUCCUUUUGUAGCUACAUUAGAGUUUGUUGUGAACAUCUAAAACUACAUAGCCACAAAAAAUGAACAACAAACCGUCACACUGGGUCACACCAAGAUUUGUCUAGCCCUUUAUUUUCUGUUCAGCAGCAACUGGUCAUAAACAUCUGAGGAAGAGCAUGAAGCAGGAUAAAGUAUGUAGGGAUACAAUUCCCAGAUUAUCUUCAUUUACAACUCAAGAGUGCUUUGAUACUUCCUGCAGGCUUUGCAUGUCUUGGUAUAGUUGGGUAUUUGUAAAUUUUCCACACAAACUCCCAGUGCUCACAGCAGGCUGUGCUGGCUUCAACAACGCAUGGUUAAGUCU